CGUGUUCGUUGAUGUGUUGUAAUUAUAUCAGGUCAGUCGAGUACGCAUGCUAGAGUCGUGUCUACGAGCGAAUGUGAUUUGCUUUGAUCGGGUAGCUAGGUCGGUAGGAAGCCGUGAGCAGAGUUACGAAUCGUUCGUCGCCCCGUCGUUUGCAUCAUUGCCGAACUGAGUUUUCUUUUUCUUCGUACAAAUCCUGUAGUAGAAAGCGGCAUCGUAGCUCGGGCCGCCCCACAUCUAGCGUUUUUCUUUUUUCUGCAACAUGUUGGCGGAUUUGCUGUACGAUUUCGUCGCCUUUUAUCCACAAAAAAUACUCACCCCCAUCGAGUUUGUCAUGCAAAACAUGCAUGACGUCCUGUGUAUGUCAUGCAAAAAAUGGAUCGGGAUGGGUAUUUUUUUGUGUAUAUCUUUCCCGCUCUGGUAGCGGUGUUCGUUGUUUUUCUCAUCCAGUUUUUUCCGGCCGUUCUGGCGCAGCCUGGUAUAAUCAACUUAUAAAUGCGUUGUCAGAUGCUCUCGUUUCCGUUUGCCAUGCGUAAGUCUGGAGUCCGAUUACAUUUAGGUACUGCACCUUUUCCCUCAGCAAGCAGGGUAAAUCAAAACCAUUUUCGCAGGUACUUCUACGAGUGCGAAUACUGCUUUGCCCAAGGCAGUCCCUGCUUCAAACAAUUCGACGGCGGAAGAGCCCGCAAACGGAACGACUAUCCCCACGCGCGAUGACAACCACCUUGCGGCCCAGCGUUCUCGCCAACGCGGAACGACCUCAAGCGCGGCGCCCAGAUUAUCGGGUGUGACGAGGAACAAGUGCGAAGGAGCUCCUGCCCGACACGACGUUCAAGACGCAGUGUCUUUUGUGCUCCCAACAUACCCACCGGCUGCCGACGAGGUCUCCGUUUUGAGCCAUCUUCCCUUGUCCUCAGGGACUGCGCCGGGAGAUGACAGUGCCAUUCGAGAAGAGGAGGAGACGACCCCCAUGCAGGAGGAGGUGAGCACGUCGAAUACAGUCUUCAUGCCCGAGGUGGACUUGUCUAUGGUUGAGGAGACUCCCCGAGAAACCCUCGAGGAACUGUCUUUCGAGCAGGGAAGCUUCACUGAAGACCGGCGUGCGAGGACCACCACGAGCACUAGCUGUGCGAGCAGGGGCUCCGCCUCUUCCCCAGGUAACCUGAGAAAGAAAAAGUGUGCUUUUUGUGUCUAAGAACUACAACGUUUGUUCUUGAUUAGGUCACUGUUUGAUUUGACGGAACCAAUUAAAGCGAUACAAAAAUGUCGCAGAUAUUACGAUCCGGACUGCGGAGUCCCCGGAACUGGAGAAGUUGCCGGAUAGCGUCGUCGAAAGCAGCACGCAGCCGGACGACAGCCGCAUGGAUGAUGGUAAAGUCGAGUAGUCUUUGCCGCUUCGCGUGAUCGCUACCUCGGUCUAGGGCUAGGCCGCAGCUGUGCUGACACAUCAAAAUUAGUUGUGUCCAUGGAUCAUGUGUAGUACUCACGACUUGCUAAGUGCUUUAAAAGUACCUCAGGGAAGCGGCGCCAGGAAGUUGAAACAAAAAGAAAGGAAACAUGGAAUAAACUCCCACGUUAAAAAAAAUAAAAAGGUACCAGUGGCUGCUCGCCGAUGGGUGGCGUGUUUGGAAGCCAAGCGUCUUCUCCCUCGUCUUUUCAGUACAAACGCGAGUGUAGUAGUGGAACGUCUUCUGUGGGGGGUGGACUUCUGCAGCACAAGAUGUCGGCAACACACGAAGGCACCUCCUUGACCAUGGAGGAGUACGCUGCUCAGCCCCCGGUGCAUAACUUUCAUCCGAUGAGCCCGACGGCGUCCAUAUUCCGCGGAAAAAGGCAGGCAGGGCAUAUUUGUAACGCGAGCAAAAAUACGCAAAAUAUGAUAAACAGAACGCUAUGGGAACGAAUGGGGGAGCGCAUGACAGAUUUUUCUCUUACUUUUACUUAGUUGUGCCCUGCAUGUCUUUUUCUAUGGGAUAGGCCACAACCGACAUCGCUUAUCCCAACUGCCCCGAGACGCCACCCGGCAACAGCUACGGUGUACCGACGCCGCACCUGGGAUACUACGGGCCGCAAAUGUACCACCCGCAUAUGUGCUACGACCCGCGCGCUGGACCGCCUCCGGGGAUGUGGCCCGGCAUGAUGCGUAAAUGUUAUAUCGGAAGCAAUUCUUUUACUUACAUGCACCUAAAAACUAGAAGAAGUCGUGCAAUUUUAUAUGCUGUAAUUUGUGCAGCAACCUUUCUCCACCUUUUUUUUUCCUGUGAAUAAUUUUCAUGGCAAUCAUGUGAUGUCGCACGAUAAAUUCAUCAGCCUCGCCGAUGAUGAGUCCCCCCCCAGGGCCCAUGAUGUGGCCCGCAAGCCCCGAGGACUACUACCAUAAUUACCACGAAGGGGUUACAGCCGCCGGUGCGUAUUACGGGUAUAACCCCGCACACGUGGUGCACCCGCAGCAUGCCGCAACAGGGUUUGACGGUACUAGGGGCCAGCGCAGCAGCACUACGUGCGGUGCUUCGUCCACCGAUCUUCUAACAACUGCGUGCUCACCGGACGACGAAGAUCUUCUGGAAACAGCAGGAGGAGCUGGUCAGAAAACCGGGACCCGGAAAUCUGAGUCGCGGUCUUCGCCAGACGAGGGCGAGCGGGAGAUCGCGAAGCCGAGGAAAAAUCCGCGGCAUGUGCGGCGGCUUGACUACCUGGAAAGUGAUCCGGAAGUCGAUUGCAGCGACGGAAACGACGAAGCGCAACGAGAGGCAGGUACUAAAAGUUGUAUUGCAUCUGCACAGAGCUGCUGCAACAGCGCGAUGCAUAGGGAAAUGUGACCUCUUUGGUUUUUCUUUUGCCUUGAUGGUGAUAUUGAUGAUCAAGGCGAACGAUCUUCGACGUUGACGUAGAACGGCCGGUUUUGUAACUGAUUUAAGUAGAUUUAUUUCAUCUGCAACGACGACGCAGCGAUUAAUUUGAGUUCCGACGAAUUUUUUGCAGGGAGUUGUGACGGUCGCGCCGGCUUCGAUGGCUCUGAAUCACGCGACGCGACAGCCGCGCAUCCUCACCAAUACGGGUAUAAAAAUGAUGCAAGGCCACCUGCUCAACAACACCUCGCCCGAACAGCAGCAGUUCAGCAGCACCCCGGCCAAAUCCGUACGAAGUUCGCGUCCGUGCCCAAUUACGUCCCUCCGCUGCCGUCCGCACCACCAGCGAAACGGAAGAAAAUUCCCCUUCCGGCGUCCAGCCCGUGUGGAAGUGGCAGCGGCAUCUCAGACCUGGCGGGAAGCGGAACGACCCCGGGACCUGCCGCGCAACCACGAAUCUCCACGCUUAUGAUUCGGCACCUCCCCUGCAAGCUCACUUUUCAAGAACUUGAAGACGCGCUCACCGAGCACGGGUAAGUACUUGCUUCUGGUGUCGCGCACACAUGCAGACUUUUUGCCUCCUACGGAUUGCGUAGUUGCCAUUUUAUAUUACGUGGAAAGAUAAGAAUGAGUGUUUUGCUAGCUUCCGGGUUCAUCAAGUCAGUAUUAAAAGUGCACUGGUUGUAUCGCGCCCUUAGGCCGCAAUCGCAAGCAACUAAACUCACAAAACAGGUUUGUGCAGGGGGUUUGCUAUGACUUCUUGUACUUGCCACAGGAUUUGGUAAACAACACCAAUCGUGGGUACGCCUUCAUCAAUCUGCUGCCCGUCAAACAGAAAACGGUUGCCGAGGUGGAAAGCGGCAGCAAGGAUGACCAACACUCGAUCGGAUCCGAACAAGACAGCACCAGCAGUUACGACGAAGCAGCUCUGUUGAGCCAGGUGACGCAGCGGUUUCGGAGUGUCUUCUGCCGGUACCAGUUCCACAAAAAGUCUUCGAAGCUCGCACACGUCGUCAACGCGCACCUGCAAGGCUUCACCGCACUCUGUGACCACUUUCACCGGACCGUCGUCAAAAAGCACAAGAACUGUAUCUUCAUCAAGGACCAAGUUGAACCCGACUACACGGUGGGCGCAGGGACGCCGACUGACGAGGGACCUACCGUUCCGGCCGGUAGGGGUCGUCCGGAGCUUGCCGAGGAGCACGGUGGCACAUAUGUCAAAUCCCAGUCCAAGUGA